AUGGGUAGCUCAGAUUUCUCAUGGAAAUUACCGGAUCAUCCUAAGCUUCCAAAGGGAAAGACUAUUGCUGUUGUUGUUUUGGAUGGUUGGGGUGAGGCUAACCCUAAUGAGUACAACUGUAUCCAUAUCGCCGAAACACCCACCAUGGAUUCCCUUAAAAAGGGUGCACCUGAACAUUGGAGAUUGGUUAGGGCUCAUGGUAAAGCUGUAGGGCUUCCAACUGAGGAUGACAUGGGUAAUAGUGAAUUUGGUCACAACGCACUCGGUGCUGGACGUAUAUUUGCUCAAGGUGCAAAGCUUGUUGACCUUGCUCUUGAAUCUGGAAAGAUUUUUGAGGGAGAAGGUUUCAAUUACAUCAAGGAAAGUUUUGUAACUGGCACAUUGCAUCUCAUUGGACUACUGAGUGAUGGUGGAGUUCACUCCAGGCUUGAUCAAGUGCAGUUGUUGCUUCCCAUUGUUCAACAGAACAGAAUUGUAAUUAACACCGACACAGAAUUGUUUCUUGCAGAAACUGGUUUAGUCUCUGUUGAACAUCAAAUGCGAGAGAUGGGCUUGGACGUUAAGGCUCCUGUAGAGACUGACAAAAAGGCCGAAUAA